AUGGAGAAUGUACGUCAAAAUGCCUAUAUUGGGGAAAACGAAGACAAAGCUGAAAUUCAAAUGUUAUUGUCGAGUGAUCGUCAAUUUUUAAUGUUAAUGCAAGAAAUAUGGCGUUAUUAUUUACAAAAACAACCCGACGAGAUAGGUUGUAAUGUGGUGAAUAAUGGUUGUGUAACAACUAUUCCACGAUGUUAUUUUUAUUUUGAAAAUAUGUAUACGAUUGUUGGAAGUUCAACAAGACAUCUUGUAAUGGGUUGCGUAUGUCUGGCGUUGGGAUUGUGUGCAAUUGUCGAGGUUGAUUUUUAUAUAUAUCCAAAAAAAUCGAUGUAUAUAGCAACGGAUCGUGUAUGGAGCCCACCAUUUUGGUGGGUUACAACUAAUAUUCAAUUGGUACAAUAUGAUGAGGAAUACGAAGGGAGUUUUUACACAUUUUUAUACGAGAAAACAAAACUUUUUAUGGCUGCUGUUGAUCAAUGUGUACAGAGUAGUGAUGAAGAUCUACGAGAA